AUGUCGAAAGAAACAGCGUCUAUGAGAGAAAUACAACACAACCGACAACUCAUUUUGCAAGCUCUAAAUAAGAACACAACAAACUUUUCAAACUAUUCUAAGAUAUCUGAGUCAUUGAAAGAAGGAAACUUAAAACUGACGAUAAACCCAAUGACAGACGAGUUUCUGUUUCAAGACAGUAAGAACCAUACUGUUUGUAUAAAUCCAACAAAAAGAACUUUAAACGAGAAACCUAUAGAUGAACUUCUUUUGAAAGCAGAUAUUGACAACAAAGCUGACAAAGAGUAUGUAGAUGCAACAAGAGACUAUAUUCUCGCAUGGACAGAUAGAACAUACCCACAAAAACAUCAUACACAUAACAUCUAUGACGUAGAUGAACUACCAGCAAUGUUAGAUGACAAAGCAGAUAAAACAUAUGUUGACAAUAAAAUGUCAAGUGAAGUGACAAGAGCUGACAAAGAAUAUUCUAAAAAGACUCAUACACAUACCAUUGCAAAUAUUACAAACUUACAAGAAACCUUAAACAGGAAAA